GUGCCAUUCGCAGUUCUUCAGGGGGAAGGGGUGGAAUAUCUUGGCUGUGCAGACGAAGCCAUCAUCGCCAUUUCUAACUACAGACUCCACAUCAAGUUCAAGGACUCUGUUAUCAACACCUUCCCAGGUGUGGACAAUGAGAUAUCUGUGCCUCUCAGACUGAUAGACAACGUGGAGAGCAGAGAUAUGUUCCAGCUGCAUAUCAUCUGCAAAGACUCCAAAGUUGUAAGAUGCCACUUUGCAACGUUCAAGCUGUGCCAGGAGUGGGUGAAGCGUCUGAACCGGGCCAUAGCUCACCCCGCCCGCCUGGAGGAUCUGUUCGCCCUCGCCUAUCACGCCUGGUGUCUGGGAGGCAACUCUGAUGAUGAAGACCAGCACGUCCAUCUCUGUCGCCCAGGGGAUAACGUGCGUCACAGAAUGGAAAUGGAGGUCAAGAGGAUGGGCUUCGACACGCAGAACGUCUGGAGAGUGUCAGACAUAAACUGCAACUUCAAGAUGUGCUCCAGCUACCCACAGAAGCUUCUGGUUCCAAUAUGGAUCACAGACAAGGAGCUGGAGAGUGUGGGCUCCUUCAGAUCCUGGAAGAGGAUCCCUGUGGUGGUCUACAGGCACCAGAAAAACGGGGCGGUGAUCUCCCGUUGCAGCCAGCCUGAGAUCAGCUGGUGGGGCUGGAGGAACACGGAUGAUGAGUACCUGGUGACAUCCAUCGCAAAGGCGUGUCAUUUGGACACCGGAGCAAAGGCCUGCAGACAUCGCGGGGACGCUCCAGACUCCUCCGAUAGUGAUUUUGACUCCUCUCUGACGGGCGGCUCUGGCUGCAGUGACAACACUGUGCCACAGAAGCUGCUGAUUCUGGACGCUCGCUCAUACACCGCCGCAGUGGCCAACAGAGCCAAGGGCGGAGGCUGUGAGUGUGAAGAGUACUACCCCAACUGCGAGGUGAUGUUCAUGGGAAUGGCAAACAUCCACGCCAUCCGGAACAGCUUCCAGGCUCUGAGGACCGUCUGCAGUCAGAUCCCCGAUCCAGGAAACUGGCUUUCGGCUCUUGAGAGCACUCGUUGGCUGCAGCACCUGUCCAUCAUGCUGAAGGCAGCCACUCUGGUGUGUUCGGCUGUGGAGAGGGAUGGACGUCCUGUCCUUGUGCACUGUUCGGACGGGUGGGACCGCACACCCCAGAUUGUAGCCCUCUCCAAGAUCCUUCUGGACCCCUACUACAGGACAAUAGAGGGUUUCCAGGUGCUUGUAGAGACUGAGUGGCUGGACUACGGUCAUAAGUUCGGGGAUCGCUGCGGCCACCAGGAGAACGCAGAUGACGUGAGCGAGCAGUGUCCCGUCUUCCUGCAGUGGCUGGACUCUGUCCACCAGCUGCUCAAACAGUUCCCCUGCCUGUUCGAGUUCAACGAGGCCUUCCUGGUCAAGCUGGUGCAGCAUACAUACUCGUGUCUGUACGGAACCUUCCUGUGCAACAACGCUCGUGAGAGGGAGGCGAGGAAUAUCUACAAACGCACCUGCUCCGUCUGGUCCCUGCUUCGCAAUGGAAACAAGAACUUCCAGAACUUCCUCUACAUCCCAAGUCAUGAUAUGGUGCUGCAGCCAGUCUGCCACACACGAGCGUUGCAGCUGUGGACCGCCGUCUACCUGCCGACCUCCUCCCCCUGCACCGCUGUGGAUGACUCCAUGGAGCUCUACCUCCCCCCGAGUGUCACCGGAGACGAACUCACCUCCCGCUCCCUGGACAGACUUCCUAAGACCCGCUCCAUGGACAACUUGCUUUCAGCUUUUGAGAACGGGGUGCCCCUGACUCGCACUUCCAGCGACCCAAAUCUCAAUAAACACUGCCAGGAGGGUCGCUCUGCCCCCGAGCCCCCCCCGGCCUCAGAGGAAACCUCUGCAGAGAUCUCUGACGAGGCCUCAGCUGACACUAUACCGGACAGCAGUGAGGGGCAACCUCCACUCCAGAGUCAUGCGAAGACCUCAGAGGGUGUCCCAGCUUCAGAAAGCUGUGAGGACGCUACCGAGGAGCCAUGUCUCACCACGCAGCCCCUCCCCUCUCCGCCUCUCCCCCCGGUCCCUAUCAGUAAAGAAGUCAUGCUUGCAGACACUCCCUUCCCCUCACCUGUCCUUCAACAGGCUUUGCCUCAAAUCACAAACCCGCUACCCCCGCCUCCCCCGAUGGAGCCCGAGAGCCCCUGUAGGACUGUUGAGAGCCCCCCUUCGCCCUCUCAUAAAUCUAAACCGUGCUUACCUCUCCCCUGCAACGGCACAGAGCUUUCCGCCCCCGUACCCUCCUCGCUGCCUGACGACCACGCUGAGGGGCAUGGAGACGUCCUCCCAGAAUCUGCAGACCUGCUGCAUCUACAGCAGCUAACAUCACUCCCCAUGGAGGACUCUACAGAGACUCUCACAGACGAGGGAGAGCUUCCCCCCACCCUGCCCCCCGCGGAGAGCAAGGGUCUCCCCCAGGAUACUUUUAGCCACAAGGUGCAGAAUGAGGAGCAGCCUGAGGAGAAGCAAGAAGAAGUGAGGACGGUUGAGAUUAGAGGAGCAGAGCGCGAGCUAACCGUUGCAGUGAGUCCUGUGGACUGCGCCCAGGCAGCCGCUCGUCACCUGAUCUCCCAGAGCCAGCUCUCAGAUCUGUCGCUGCUGGGCUCCCACUGGGAGAGCGUGCAGGGCCUGGUGCAGUCGGCCUGCAGCAGCGCCUCUCACUCCGGGGUGGGCCGGGCCCUGCAGCAUAACGCUUACCAGAGCCGCCGGCUGGCCAGCAAGCUGCUGCGCUCCCAGGGCUUCGCCAUGGCCAACGGGUCCCCGUGCUGCCGCAGGGAGGCUCUGUGUCACCCCAGCCCCCCCCUGCCGACCGGGUGGCUGUCUGCUGCCAGGAGUGCGGGCUACAGCGGCCUCUACGCCCCCGCUGCCGCCGCCCUCAACAGCUACUCCCUGGCAGGCCAUCAGCUCCUUCCAGUGGCGUACUCCUCGCCCUCUGCUUCCAACUCCCCCCCCCCGCCCCAGGCGCCGGCCUACCUGGACGACGACGGGCUGCCGGUGCCCCUGGACGCCGUGCAGCAGCGGCUGCGGCAGAUAGAGGCGGGAUACAAGCAGGAGGUGGAGGUGCUGAGGCUGCAGGUGAGGCAGCUGCAGAUGAGGCUGGAGAGCAAACAGUACAGCACCCCCCCCUCGGAGCCAGACGUCGACUACGAAGAUGACAUUACGUGUCUGCGGGAGUCCGACAACAGCAAUGAAGAGGACUCGUUGUCAACACACAGCGAGGACCGCCUGUCUGAGGGCAGCUGGGACCGAGUGGACAGCAAGGACACAGAGGUCACAAGGUGGGGUGCCUGACCACAUGGGAGCCUUCCCUUGUUCUCAACUGUGA